AUGAUUAGCUCUACCACAGUGAUCUGUCUCGGUGUCUUGGCCAUUGAGGCCAUUGCUGGAUUGUGUUCUGACAUUUUUAUUAUAACUUCACUUAUUCUCUCUGGUUACAAAGAGAAAUAUUUUGCACCCUACACCAGCAUUCUGAUUGCUCUCUGUGUCUCCAAUGUUGGCUACACCAUAUUGAUGUUUGCAAACAAUCUAAUAAGCUUUGUCUUCCCAACAAUAUUUAGUGAUCCCUACAUCACAUACUUUGUCAACUAUAUGACCGUAUUCAGCAUUAUCUCCAGCUCAUGGCUGACUAGUACUCUGUGCUUCUUCUAUUUUAUAAAAAUUGUACAGUUUAAGCCUGGAUUCCUCGCUUGGGUGAAGAUGAAAAUAGAAACAAUAGUACCUUGGAUGAUACUGACGGUGGAACUCUUCUCUCUGUUUGGGAGUUUCCUGGCCUUGCUUGUCAACAAUCGAGAAUCAGCUACAAAUUCAACUAUAAGUAUGACUGAGGUGACCCCAAAGCAAUUGCAGCUAAACCUGGAAUUUGUGAUUUUAGUCAUCAUAGUAAUUUCUUUGCCUAUCUCAAUUUCAAUUUCAUCUAUGGUUUUCAGUUCUUGGUUUUUGAAGCGACACAGGGAUCAUAUUAAGAGGAAUUUGGGAGAAUCUCAUGGUGGUUUGAAAGAAUAUCAGAGUGCUGUUCAGACCAUGUUCUGUCUUAUAUUUUUCUAUGCAUUACUAUACCUUGUUACACUUAUGUUGGUGGUACCAAUAUUUGACAGUCAGAGUUGGGGGUACUGGAUGUGUGACAUGGUUCUCUUUUCUUUUGCUCUGGUUCAGUCCAGUCUUCUAAUCGCUGGUAACCCCAAACUCAAAGAAGCCUGGAAACAAAAGUUCACAUGUGCAUAA